AUGCGGCUGCGGAUCCUCCAAUUUCUGCCUUUGAGUGAACGCAGCAAAGUGCCUGAAAGUGAGCGUACAAGUGGCUAUGACCGGGUAAAAAAUGGAUUGUCAACAAAAGCAGGAGAUAUAAUGUCGCAAUCGAGGCCGCUUGAUACUAUGAGCGUGGUGGACAAGUACAAGUACCAAGCACACAUUGAACUAACACACACUGAACUAACACACAUUGAACUAACACACAUUGAACUAGCACCCAUUGAACUAGCACACAUUGAACUAGCACACAUUGAACUAGCACACAUUGAACUAGCACACAUUGAACUAGCACCCAUUGAACUAGCACACACUGAACUAGCACACAUUGAACUAGCACCCAUUGAACUAGCACCCAUUGAACUAGCACACACUGAACUAGCACACAUUGAACUAGCACACAUUGAACUAACACCCAUUGAACUAGCACACACUGAACUAGCACCCAUUGACCUAGCACACACUGAACUAGCACACACUGAACUAGCACACACUGAACUAGCACACACUGAACUAGCACCCAUUGAACUAACACACACUGAACUAGCACACACUGAACUAGCACACACUGAACUAGCACACACUGAACUAGCACACACUGAACUAGCACACACUGAACUAGCACCCAUUGAACUAGCACACACUGAACUAGCACACACUGAACUAGCACACACUGAACUAGCACACAUUGAACUAGCACACACUGAACUAGCACACAUUGAACUAGCACACACUGAACUAGCACACAUUGAACUAGCACACACUGAACUAGCACACAUUGAACUAGCACACACUGAACUAGCACACAUUGAACUAGCACACACUGAACUAGCACACAUUGAACUAGCACACACUGAACUAGCACACACUGAACUAGCACACACUGAACUAGCAUCCAUUGAACUAACACACAUUGAACUAGCACACACUGAACUAGCACACACUGAACUAGCACACACUGAACUAGCACACACUGAACUAGCACCCAUUGAACUAGCACACAUUGAACUAGCACACACUGAACUAGCACACACUGAACUAGCACACACUGAACUAGCACACACUGAACUAGCACACACUGAACUAGCACACACUGAACUAGCACCCAUUGAACUAGCACCCAUUGAACAUUGA